AUGCGUUGUGCUCGAGAGCCCACCAAGCGCAAAAGCAAUAAUUUGCUCAGAGAAGAUGUUAAUUAUAAGAGACACAAAUCAAUGUCGAAAGAGUCAUCACCAUGCCCGGAAGAGGUUUUGACCCCAGAUGUUAUGAUCAGCAAUCUUCACGAGCUUGUUAAUGAAGUUAUAGAGGAUCAGGACCUUCCAGAAGCAGCAAUAAUCGAGUUGAAAGGUUUCGACGCAUCGGCGACCACAAUGGAAGAAUACAUGCAGAAACGAGAGGAGAUUCGCAGAAUGGUUGGCGAUUCGGAGUUUUUCGACAGAAAGACUGAAUUGAAUCUUGGAGUUGCCUCACUUGCUGGCUGCCAGUUGGAAGUGGACAAACGGGUUACCACCAGAAGAAUGAGUCGCAAGUUGCACGAUGAGUGUGGAAUUAAUGAGAAGGACAUACUCUACAAAGGACUCGAUUAUCAGGGAACUGAGGCUAAAGCCAGCAAAGAGCUCAGAGACUCUCGUCAAGCAUCGAUCAUCGAAUCAUGCGUCGAUUUCCAAAAGCAGCUUCAAUGGAAGAUUGGAAUUAUGGAUCAAGUCAAGGCGAAGUCGAAGCCACUUCUCGGUAAAACUUAUCCAAUGUCGGACGGUCCAAGCUUUCGAACUCGUAAUGGACAGGACAAACAGAGAGAAACUAUGAAACAACAACAGAAGGAGUUGGAUAAUCAGAGGAAAACUAGACAGAAAAAAGAAGACGAUCCAUUCCAGACGCCACAGAAAAAGGUGGAAUUCAAUGCGUUGGAUGAGAGAAGAAUCAUCGAGAACUAUCAGUUAGAAGUGGCCUCAGAAGUUCGUUCUCACCGACCAACCGUUAGUCGUGGGAUUGCGCCGAUUCCAUAUAACAUCAACAUUCUUGACGACAUUGAUGAAGACGACUAG